CCAGUCUGAGUCUGUGAGUCGCCUCGGCGGAGUCGAUCCUCCGCCUACCCCCUGCACCAAGUGAGCCGAGUGUGUAUCACCGGGCAGAAGGAGCCGCACGUGAAGAGAUGGCGGACGAGGCCUCGGGGGCACAGGAUUUCUCCACCCCAGGCUGUGGAGAGUCCCCUGGCAUGAAGGACAGGACCUUGCACCCGCCAUCAGCCACCCAAGUGUCAGGAGAGAUGGAUAAGCCACUGAUCAGCUGCCGCCUGGUGGACAGUGAUGGGAGCCUUGCCGAGACCCCCAGUGAGGCCCCCAAAGUGGGCAUCCUGGGCAGCGGGGACUUUGCCCGCUCCCUGGUCACACGCCUGGUGGGCUCUGGCUUUAGCGUGGUGGUGGGGAGCCGCAACCCCAAACGCACGGCGGGGCUGUUCCCCUCAGCGGCACAAGUGACUUUCCAGGCGGAGGCAGUGGACUCCCCUGACGUCAUCUUCGUGGCCAUGUUCCGGGAGCACUACUCCUCGCUGUGUGGCCUCAGUGACCAGCUGGCUGGCAAGAUCCUCGUGGACGUGAGCAACCCCACAGAGCAGGAGCACCUCCGGCACCGCGAAUCCAAUGCAGAGUACCUGGCUUCCCUCUUCCCUACAUGCACAGUGGUCAAGGCCUUCAAUGUUAUCUCUGCCUGGACCCUGCAGUCUGGCCCAAGGGAUGGGAACAGACAGGUGCCCAUCUGCAGUGACCACCCGGAAGCCAAGCGGGCGGUCUCGGAGAUGGUGCAGGCCAUGGGCUUCAUGCCUGUGGACAUGGGGUCCCUGGUCUCCGCCCGGGAGGUGGAAGCCAUGCCCCUGCGCCUUCUCCCAGGCUGGAAGGUGCCUGCCCUCCUGGCUCUGGGGCUCUUCAUCUUCUUCUACAUCUACAACUUUGUCCGGGACGUCCUGCAGCCCUACGUGCGGGAUGGCAAGAGCAAAUUCUACAAGCUGCCCGUGUCCGUGGUCAACACGACGCUGCCGUGCGUGGCCUAUGUGCUGCUGUCCCUGGUGUACCUGCCCGGCGUGUUGGCAGCUGCCCUGCAGCUGCACCGUGGCACCAAGUACCGCCGCUUCCCGGACUGGCUGGACCACUGGCUGCAGCACCGCAAGCAGAUAGGCCUGCUGAGUUUCUUCUGUGCUGCGCUGCACGCGCUCUACAGCUUCUGCCUGCCCCUGGGCCGCGUCAACCGCUACGAGGUGGUCAACCUCGCCAUCAAACAGGUCUUGGCCAACAAGAGUCAUCUGUGGAUCGAGGAGGAGGUCUGGCGGAUGGAGAUCUACCUAUCCCUGGGAGUAUUGGCCCUUGGUACACUGUCCCAGCUGGCUGUCACGUCACUGCCCUCUAUUGCAAACUCGCUCAACUGGAGGGAGUUCAGCUUCGUUCAGUCCACUCUGGGCUUUGUGGCCCUGGUGCUGAGCACCUUGCACACACUCACCUAUGGCUGGACCCGCGCCUUUGAAGACAGCCAUUACAAGUUCUACCUGCCUCCCACGUUCACGCUCACGCUGCUGGUGCCCUGCGUCGUGAUCCUGGCCAAAGGCCUCUUCCUGCUCCCCUGCUUCCGCCGCAAGCUCUCCAGAAUCCGGAGGGGCUGGGAGAAGGAUGGUGGCGUCAAGUUUGCUCUGCCAGCGGACCACACCUUGGCCCAGAAGACGAGCCACGUGUGAGGUGCCUGCCUCUGGCCCCAGAAACCAGACGCAGGCCGGACAGUACCCCUGGGCCUGUCAGGGCUGCUUUUCUGGAUCGUGCGGUAUGGUGAAAUUGGGCGCAGAGCGGUGGUUGGAGGUCUGAAUUCCUGGGACCCUGAUGUACGCGGUGUAAUAUUCAGAAGGGCACACACGCGGGUGUGACAUAGGUGUUCGUAUAGAUUUCAUAUAUAUAACGGGAUUUGCAUUUAUA